UCUAACGUUAGGGGGGCUGCGGGCGAGAAACGGGCAUCGCCAGUGCCAGUUAAGACGCUUAAGCAAAGACACACACCUUAAAAAUUUAAAUUUUUGUGUUGCUCACUCACACCAAUAUCAUCGCGCUCGCCAUCACGCACACUGCCUCAAUUAUCGUAACGCGCAAACUGUCAAACGUUUUUGUUUGCUUUUGACAAAGGUUUUAAAAAUAGUUCGUUGGUUAGCGCGUUUUUUUUUUCGUUCUACAUUAUUCAAGUGAAAUUGAAGGUAAGUGAUUACAUUAAUUUAUCAUUCAAGCCAUUUAAGCUUAAUUUCCCGGCAACAGGUUUUGUAUAUUUCCCCAGAUUGUGAAACAACCCCCGGGGACGGCUUUGCCGCUUCCUCCUCCGCCACCUCUUCCAAGUGGCGCAUCCCGAAGACCCAAACGGCCACCGUGGCCCUGGCCAAACCAAGGAGGAAUAAUGGUUCGUCCUCCAGGGCACGGUCAUCAAGGAGGAUCCAGCGCGGAUGUCUGCCAAAGGAGGAUGAGAAGCAGAGGACCGAUUGCUGCACCGGCAACAGAUGCGCUCUAUCCGGAUCGCGCUUCCGCAAAUGGUUCUGCCGUGGUGCGAAUUUGUACAAGAGUGAGCUUUCUCCCCCCAGCAACAGUCGCUUCCCCCAGCAGCAGAACAAACGUCAAGUGCCUGGUCGAAACAGUGGCCCAAAACCAUGCCAGCAACUAUCUGCGGAGCCAGCUGCUCAACAAGAACCAGCAGAGCAAGAUCUUGCACCGCAUGAAGAACGUUGAGGCCGACACAAACCAACUGCAACAGCAGCUGGCAAGUCAACAGCCGCGCAUUCCGAUCCCGCAAGAGCUGCAGUUCCACAUCCAAGGCAACACACAGAACGUGUUGCUGCAAGACCAGCGCAGGAUGCUGUACGAGUAGGCCGUCGAACCGACCGCUGCCAAUUUAUCCAGUCCUUUUGUCGAGGCAGAUCCAAACAACCGCCGGAGCAAACAAAUUUACCGCGCCGUCGGCUGCUAACCCAAUGUUCCCCGGCGGAUCAACCGCGGCCGAGCUGUCCAACUCGCUGCAGCAGAGGAUGCAUCUCUUGCAACCCCUGGGACGUCAUGCCGCCGGAGCCGGUCCGUCACCUGGAACCUCAACUGACCAGCUUAGAGUGCUGCGAAUUUGUUCCUUUUUUUUCCUUCAUUUUCAGAGAGAGAAUUAACUUCUUGCAGGAAAGUAGUUUUACUUGUUCUGUUCAAAUUUCUCAAUUGCUGAUAAAAAAUAAAAAAAAAUACAAAAAUACAAAAAUACAAAAAUACAAAAAUACAAAAAUACAAAAAUACAAAAAUACAAAAAUACAAAAAUACAAAAAUACAAAAAUACAAAAAUACAAAAAUACAAAAAUACAAAAAUACAAAAAUUCAAAAAUACAAAAAUACAAAAAUACAAAAAUACAAAAAUACAAAAAUACAAAAAUACAAAAAUACAAAAAUACAAAAAUACAAA